AUGACAAAGCUUUAUGGAGGCGCUAUCAAAUGUGACUUGCCUGAGGUUGCAGUAGAUGUUUCGGAUUUCAGAGAAGUACCAGAUACACAAGAAGUCUUCAUACUCGAAAGGCCGAAUGGCCUUGAUCGUUCUUUGAUAAUCGACUUAUUGGAGAUGGUCAAAGCAAACAGUUUACCCGAGAUUAUAUCAAUUCACUUGGAGGAUAUCUUAGAAGAGCCCCCGAAAUAUAUAGCUCCUUUAGUGAGUUCGAAGACGUCUCAUGAUUUUGAUGCACAUUACUUUCUAAUUAAGCCUAUGUCAAACAAGCAAGAGACUACAGAGGUAAAGCUUUUUAUGCUAUUAUGUUUAGUGCGAUUAGACAAAGUCGAUACCGACGUCAUUUUUACAUUCAAUGUUCCGUUGAAAAGCGACGAGGUGACGGCAGAGCUAUUCCAAACGUGCGUGACAGGGGCCAACGAUGGAAGCUCCGACUUGGGCCAUUGCUUUCAGCAGAUUAAACAUUGGGCAUCUACAUUUGAAGUUCAAGACUGGGGAUUAUUCAAGUAA